GAAAUAAAUCGCUCUCCAUCCCUCAUGCAAAAUAUAAACAAACUUGCAGCGUUUAAUCAUUGCGACUGGCAGUUAAGCAGUUAAAUAUGCGUUUGUACUGCCUGAGCGGGGACUUGGCCAAGCCAUGUUACAUCAUUACCUUCAAGGGCCUGCGGAUAAUGCUGGACUGCGGUCUCACGGAGCAGACGGUGCUGAACUUCCUGCCGCUGCCCUUCGUCCAGUCCUUGAAGUGGUCCAACCUGCCCAACUUCGUGCCAAGCCGGGAUCACGAUCCUCAGAUGGAUGGCGAGCUGAAGGACUGCUGUGGCCGGGUGUUCGUGGACUCCACGCCGGAGUUCAAUCUGCCCAUGGACAAAAUGUUGGACUUCAGUGAGGUGGAUGUGAUACUUAUCUCGAAUUAUCUUAAUAUGCUGGCACUGCCGUACAUCACGGAGAACACGGGCUUCAAGGGCAAAGUCUAUGCCACGGAGCCAACGCUGCAGAUCGGCCGGUUUUUCCUGGAGGAGCUGGUGGACUACAUUGAGGUGUCGCCCAAGGCUUGCACGGCGCGACUGUGGAAAGAGAAGCUCCAUUUGCUGCCCAGUCCCCUGAGCGAAGCCUUCCGGGCCAAGAAGUGGCGUACCAUCUUCAGCCUCAAGGAUGUCCAGGGCAGUCUGUCCAAGGUGACCAUCAUGGGCUACGACGAGAAGCUGGACAUUCUGGGCGCCUUCAUCGCCACUCCCGUGAGUUCUGGCUACUGCCUCGGCUCCAGCAACUGGGUGCUGAGCACGGCGCACGAGAAGAUUUGCUACGUAAGCGGCUCCUCCACGCUGACCACGCAUCCGCGUCCCAUUAACCAGUCGGCUAAGCAUGCCGAUGUGCUCAUCAUGACCGGACUGACGCAGGCUCCCACUGUCAAUCCGGACACCAAGCUGGGCGAGCUCUGCAUGAAUGUGGCAUUGACAAUCCGGAACAAUGGAUCCGCUUUGAUUCCCUGUUAUCCUUCCGGCGUUGUCUAUGACCUCUUCGAGUGCCUCACACAGAAUCUGGAAAAUGCCGGCCUCAACAAUGUACCCAUGUUCUUCAUUUCGCCGGUGGCUGAUAGUUCUUUGGCCUAUUCCAACAUCCUGGCGGAGUGGCUCAGUUCGGCGAAGCAAAACAAAGUGUAUCUUCCAGACGAUCCAUUCCCUCAUGCCUUUUACCUGCGCAACAACAAGUUGAAGCACUAUAACCAUGUGUUUUCCGAGGGCUUUAGCAAGGACUUCCGACAGCCCUGCGUGGUCUUUUGUGGUCAUCCAAGCCUGCGCUUUGGCGAUGCCGUGCACUUUAUUGAAAUGUGGGGCAACAAUCCCAAUAACUCCAUCAUAUUCACGGAGCCGGACUUCCCUUAUUUGCAAGUGCUAGCGCCGUUCCAACCACUGGCUAUGAAGGCAUUUUACUGCCCUAUCGAUACCUCCCUGAAUUAUCAGCAGGCCAAUAAGCUGAUCAAGGAGUUGAAGCCAAACGUGCUGGUCAUUCCGGAGGCGUACACAAAGCCACAUCCCUCAGCCCCUAAUCUGUUCAUAGAACAGCCGGACAAGAAGAUAAUAACGUUCAAGUGCGGCGAGAUUAUACGAUUGCCGCUUAAACGGAAGCUGGACCGCAUCUACAUCACCUCAGAGCUGGCCCAAAAGAUAUCGCCGCGGGAAGUGGCUGCCGGUGUGACUUUUUCCACGCUGACGGGCGUUCUGCAGGUUAAGGACAAGGUGCACUGCAUCCAGCCAUGCGCUGACACCAUUAAAGAGGAGACCAGCUCGAAUACCACUGCUCCGACAAAGGAAGAUGUGCUGAAGAACGUAAAGUACGAGUAUGGCAGCAUUGAUGUGGAGGCUGUGAUGAAGCGAUUGACGCAAGAUGGCUUCUCCAACAUCAAGUUGGAUCGCACUGGUGGCGCUCUGACUCUGAAUCUUGUCAACGAGGACACGGUCAUCAAGUUUGAGGACAACGAGACGCACAUCAUAUGCGGCGGAAAGCCAACCACUCGUCUUAAACUGAGGGACACCAUCAUGAAGUGCUUACAGAGUUUUUAAAAACAUAAAUGUAUUCCUUACACCUAGAAAACAACAAA